CUUCAAACCACCACACCAAAGCAACGAUGACGCGCACGGGACACUGCCACUGCGGAGCGGUCGCCUACGAGUGGGACGACGACACCAACAACAAUGGCAUCGUCUGCUACUGCACCACCUGCCAGCGCCUUGGCUCGUCCGAGUCGUACAACCUCCAGACGGAGCAGAAGCUCGUCCGCACCACCAAGGGCACGCCGACCUCGUACGAGGACCACAACACCGACUCGGGCAAGCCCGUCACCCGCUACUUCUGCGGCACGUGCGGCUCGACGCUCUGGUCGGACCCCGCGUCGGCGCCCGGCGUGCGCUUCCUCAAGGUCGGAGGCCUCGACGACGCCAAGAACGUCAAGCUCGUCGCCGAGAUCUACGUCGACACUGCCAUCCCCCUUCUCCCUCGCCCCAAGGAGGCCAGCGGCCACAAGAAGUUCGAGGGCAUGAUGACCAAGGAGGUUUAAGUGGCGCCUUGUGCUGCCUUGGCCAGCUCUUCAGAGUGCCGGCCUAAUGCUGAGAGCGAGGAGAAAAGUAGCAGAAUGAAGAAGUUAUGCAAAUGAUGACGAAG